UCAAAACUUUGGAACCCGUGAUACUGCGCAUACCACAAACACCCAGACCAGUCAGCGAGGAGGGUCUUCUAUUCGUCGCGCAAGGCAUCCGACCACGGUGUCAGAGGCAGAAGGACACACCAGGGGCCCAGGACAAGACAUCUCAAGCGACCACAGUGGCCGGGCAAGCCAAACAGUUCGCGAUGCCUCACGCCCAACAGGAUGGACCGCUUGUGAAGCGGCAGAAGGUCCAGGCUGCUUCUCAGGCGAAGCCCGCAGCGCCCGGACAUUCACGCAUCUUUGCGCCGUAUCGUACUGUCGGCCUCGUGUCACCAACCGAUGUUCCCUUCACGACAGUUCCUCUCGGCAAGACUACCUUCCAGGUCACCACCUCGAUCGGCCGAUCCCUGCAGACCUACGAUCUUAAGCGUGGUCUCAACCUCGUCUUCAUUACGCGGCCACAGGCACCACACGAUAUCACCGCAACGUGCGCCUGGAAACAGAACGUGCUAGCUGCCUGGGGUGAUGCCUCGCGCGGUGAAGCUCAGGGUCUCUGGGUGUUCCAGCGAGGCAAGCAGGUUGCUGAGCUCGAGCUGCCAGCGGACUUGAACCAACCUCUCUCCCACAUUAUCGUUUUCGGCUCCUGGAUCCUUGCUUGCGGACGGACACGCAUCGAAGUAUGGAAGACCACGACACUAGAGCACUAUACCACGCUCUUCACCAUGGCCUCGGCCAGUGGAGACAACGAGAUCAGUGGCGGACUCUGUACCAUGCCCACGUACGUGAACAAGGUGUUCGUCGGGCGCCGCGACGGCUGGGUAGAGAUCUGGAACGUCUCGAGUGGCAAGCUCAUCUACACAAUUCUGCCCCCCUCCCCCAGCUGCGGUCCCGUGACCUGCCUCGAGCCCUCGCCUGCCUUGUCUGUAAUGGCAAUAGCUUAUACCAAUGGCACGCUCGUGCUGCACAACAUUCUGACCGACAAGGUGCUCCUCCGGGUCAACACCGGCGGACCCGAAGCACCGGUAACUAGCAUCUCGUUCCGGGACGACGGCGUUGGCGCGGGCCAGGAUGGUCGGAAGGAUGGUGUUAUGGCGACCGCCACGAAUACAAGCGGCGACAUUACAUUCUGGGACUUGAACAAAGGUGGCCGGGUCAUGGGCAUUCUGCGCAGCGCACACAACCCCCCAGCCCUAGACGGUCGUUCUAUCCGUGGUGGUGUCAGUAAGAUCGAGUUCUUGGCUGGACAGCCAGUCAUCGUCACGAGUGGUAGAGACAACUCACUCAAAACUUGGAUCUUUGACGAGACACCCUUCUCACCCAUCCCCCGGAUCUUGCACACGAGGAGUGGCCAUGCCGCGCCAGUAUCGUGUCUGCAGUUUUUGCCGUCAGAUUUUGAGGGAGCCGAGGCUGGCAAUAAGUGGCUUCUUAGCGGCGGCAAGGACCGCAGCCUCUGGGGUUGGAGUUUGCGCCGCGACGGCCAGAGCACAGAGCUUAGCCAAGGCAGCAUACUCAAGAAGGCCAAGAAAUAUGGUAUCUUGUCAAACAAUGCACUCAAGCAUGGACCGACAACCACUCUCGACGACCUGAAGGCUCCGGAAAUCACAUGCAUUGCGUGCUCGCUGAACCGCGAUGGCGGCAUGGGCGCCAUGCCUGGCAAGCAGGCCAUGUGGCAAAAGAGCCGCGACCAGAAGAAGCAGCUCGACGCCGAGAUCAGUGGCAUGACUGGCUGGGAGAGCGUAGUGACUGCCCACAAGGGCGACGCUUUCGCGCGGACAUGGUUCUGGGGACGGAAGCGUGCUGGCCGGUGGGCGUUCCCCACGGGCGACCGAGCCAAUGUGUCAACCGUCACGAUGAGCUCCUGCGGUACUUUUGCGGUUGUGGGCUCCGCGGAGGGUGCCGUCGAUAUGUACAAUCUGCAAUCUGGCCUUCAUCGACAGCAGUUCCCAUCAAAACUCACCCCAGCGCAAGCGAGGCAAGUCCGGAUGCAGCAGCUGAAACAGGCGGACACUGUUGUGCAAUUGGAAGCCCGAUCUGGAAGCUCGCACAUGAUUGGAACUGGCAAGCAUACCAAAGCGGUCACAGGCAUUGUCGUCGACUCAAUGAACAAGCAUGUCAUUACAUGCUCGCUUGAUGGCAAGAUCAAGUUCUGGGAAUUCCUGACGGGCAAGCUGGUGGAGGAAAUUAGUUGGGCGCCCAUGGUGUCGAUCACAGGCUGCCGCUACCACGCCGCCAAUGACCUGAUAGCCUUUUCAUGCGACGACAACUCCGUACGUGUUGUUGACAUUGAGACGAAACAGACAAUCCGUGAGUUCCACGGCAGCCAGGGCGAGGUCAACGACUUCACUUUCUCCAAUGACGGGCGGUGGAUCGUCGCUGCGUCGCAAGACGGCGUCAUUCGCGUGUGGGAUCUGCCGACAAGCCACUUCAUUGACGCCAUCCGCCUCGAGAGGCCCUGUACGGCACUGGCCUUCUCGGAGACAGGCGAGUAUUUGGCCGCCGCCACGGAAGGCCAGCUUGGCGUCAACAUCUGGACAAAUAGGACACUCUUCACUCACGUACCGACGAGACAAAUCUCGGAAUCUACCGCCGAGCAAGUUGCAGGCCCUACAGCUUCUGGAGAAGGUGGUGAAGGUCUGCUCGAGGCUGCCUUUGAGGACGAGGUCUCGGACGACGCAGACGAUACCCUGGCAGCGCCAACGUUGGAGCAGCUCAGCUCAGAUAUGAUGACACUCAGUCUUGUGCCGAGGAGCCGCUGGCAGACAUUGCUGCAUCUUGACCUGAUCAAGCAGAGAAACAAGCCGACCGAGGCGCCAAAGGCACCCGAGAAGGCACCGUUCUUUCUCGGCCUAGCUGGCAAGCCGGGACAGUCUGCCGAUGAGCUUGCCGCCGCGACGCCUAGCGCCGAUGCUCAAAACGAGUCAAGAAUUACUAAGUACGACCGCAACCGCAUGGAGCAGGCCUUUAGCAACAAGCUGCGGGCAGGGGCUGUCAGUGGAAAGUACGACCCAUUCAUUGAGCAUCUGAAGUCCCUAUCUCCUUCUACAGCGGACCUGGAGUUGCGCUCUUUGGGUAUUGGCUCGACGCGUGACGACGAGUCCAAUGAGUUGCUGCAUUUCAUCCGCGCUCUGACCAAUCGGCUGCGUGCUCGGCGAGACUACGAGCUGACGCAGGCGUGGAUGACAGUCUUCUUGCGGCUGCACUUUGAUCUCAUUCUCGAGAGUGAGGUCCUUAUGGCUGCAUUGAAGGAGUGGAAGGAGCAGCAGGCCCAGGAAAGCGAGAGGCUCGACGGUCUGGUCGGAUACUGCAGCGGUGUCGUGGGUUUCCUGAGGAGUCCGCGGGCCUGAAGGACGUGAUGCUAUUCUUGUUUCCAGGGGUUCUUUGUAUAUAGGUCGAGCAUCGAGCGGAUCUGGUCUUCAUCAAUUGCAAAUUGGGCGAUCUGACGCUGAGGUGUUUCAAGGUCGUCUCGAGCCUCAUGAUGUUUGCGUACGAAUCGUGCAAGGUCCUACGCUUGUUCAGCCCAGGAUGCGGCAGCACAGUGUAGGAAAAGUUACCAGGCCCCUGGGAGUCUGGGCCAGGUGUGCAUCCUCCAGAGCUCAUACCGCGUCGAGCAGCAAUACCCAAAUGAGAAAAGCGACACUCUUGAGGGGCCGCAGUUGUUCGUGCGAGGCAGCUUAUCGUUGCAGAGCGCUG